AUGGCGACCAAAGAGGCAGCAGCGCCUCGCUUGAAGCUUGUGAUUCGCCGAUUGCCGCCGAUGUUGCCAGAGGAAAUAUUCUGGACGUCUGUUGCUCCUUGGAUCACUGCUUCGACAUGCACCUGGAAACGCUACAUCAAAGGGCGGCCGAGCGCUGGACCAUAUGAUCAAGCGGUCCACUCGAGAGCUUAUUGCUUAAUGACCGAUGUCGAUUCGCUCGUCAAUUUACAUCGUGGAUUUGAUGGGCAUCUCUUCCGGUCCAAGACAGGCCUUGAGUAUCAGGCUGUCGUGGAGUUUGCACCGGUCCAGAAGACCCCGCUGGCAACCAAGGCAAAGAACGAUGCCAGGCAAGGCACGAUCGAUGAUGAUCUCGACUACAAAUCUUACCUCGAGAGUCUCCAAGCUGGACCGUCCAAGGUCGUCGUAGAGCCUUCAUUACCUGCUGCUCGCCCUACAUCGACGCCGCUUUUGGAAUACCUUCGCUCGCAGGGGAUCAAAUCCAGCAAGAAGAAGAACAAGACGGAGUCUUCUUCCACCGACAUCGCCCGCAACGCUGCCGUUGCAGCGGUUGCAUCUUCAGCUGCGAGGCGUAACCCAAAAGAUCAGGGGGCGCCUCUUGUGGCAGGCAAAGGAAGGGCCGUUGUCGCGCAGGGCGGUGGAGAGAGUCCUGGAGGCAAGGCAGGAGGGAAAUCACGAAGCAAGAAGGCGAAAGCAGCAAAGGCACUUGCGCAGGCUGCGCCGGCGCCGACGAAUACUGUCAAGAACUUCCCAGCCCUGGCUUCAGGUCCCCACCUACGGGUGAACCGAGCGGACAAGCAGGGAGGGGUCGGGGGAGAGGAGUUGGUGGUCGUGGUCGCGGAGGCGAGCCUCGGGGCGGAGCACCAAACAUGGGCGCGGCGGCAUCUCAGGGGACCGAUCCCUCUGCUGCCCAACCCGGCAGGGGGAGGGGAAGAGGGGGUGGAGCAGACGGUAGAGGCAGAACCGCGAAGGACAUGGUGA